CCCAAAUCGAUCAAAAAGAUCCCCAAAAGAAACGGAAAACCCUUUUUUAUUCCCUCAUCCACUCGUAGAGCGAAGAAGAGAGCAGCUUCCCCACCACCAACUCAGGCCGGAGCAGCAACUUCUCGAAGCGAGCAGCAAAACCAUUCGCGCCAAUUGGGGGGGCAUGGGCGCCAACGGCCACCCGCCGCCGGCGAGCGCUGCCGCGCUGAACGGGUCCCACGCUGGCGGCGGCGGCGGCGGCAGCGGCGGCGGAGGAGGAGGAGGAGCAAACCCUAGCAACGGCGGCACGGCGGCGGCGCUCCGGCACGACCCGGGCCUGGCGCGGGAGUGGUCUCCGGAGGAGCAGGCCGUCCUUGACGAGCUUCUGGCAAAGUAUGCAUCUGACGCACCUGUCAUUCGUUAUGCAAAAAUAGCCAUGAAAUUGCCUGAGAAAACAGUUCGAGAUGUAGCUUUGCGCUGCAGAUGGAUGAAUAAAAAGGAGAGUGGCAAAAGAAAGAAAGAGGAUCACAACUCAUCGAAGAAAAGCAAGGACAAAAAGGAGAAGGUUUCAGAUUCUACAUCGAAACCGCCUAUUCAUAUGGCUGGAAGGCCUAAUGUUCCCCCAUACCCCCUUCCAGUUCUUCCAAUGGAUGAUGACGAAAUCUCAUCCAAAGCAAUUGGAGGUCCAACAGGCGAACUACUCGAAACUAAUGCCCAGGUUUUGAGUCAAAUCUCAUCAAACCUUAGCAACAUGCAGAUACAGGAUAACAUCUCUCUGCUGUGCCAAACUCGGGAUAAUAUUCUCAGGGUCUUGAAAGAGAUAAAUGAUGCUCCAGAUAUCAUGAAGCAGAUGCCGCCGCUACCUGUGAAGAUAAACGAGGAGCUCGUCAACUCGUUACUCCCUAGGCCGACUGUACCUAUGCAGUAGUGAUAGUGAAAUGAAUGUAUCCUCUGUAGUAGUCCCAAGAGUUAUUUAGGUAGCGUUUGGUUAGUUAAAGGAAGUUAAAUGUGAUGAAAUCGUCCUAGCUGGGAUGUGACUGGACGGGAUGUUCCUGAACGAGCUGAUAUAAUUAGGUUGUUUGGUUGGGUGUAUGAGAUGUUAUAGGAUGUGUUUGGUUAGUUGUAUGAAAUGUGACGACUUGUUACAAGAUUCUAUUUGUUUGUCUGAAUAAAGUUUAAAGUUGAUGCUGGA